GCGGCCAAGCCUCUAUCAAUCUGUCGCCUCUGUAACGAAGCGUCACCCCUGUGUUGCCCUCUCCUCACUUUCUCUCUCUAAAAUUUUGCUUCAACUCCAUAUUCGUAUUGCUUGAUGCUCUGACUAUAUCGUUGCGCCAGUAGAUACAUGGCGUCUGCCAUCUUCACUAGAAUUCUCUUUAACAAUCGCUUCCUUCAUUCAUCUUCCCUCUCUCUUCUCCUCAAACCUCGAUCAUCAUCUCAGUUCUUUCAUACAAGAGCUUUUGGUUUAGGGUCCAAGGGGUUAGGUUGCUGCAACACAUUACAACGGAGGCAUUGGGUUCGUUGUGUAGUCUCAUCGACGAACUCUGGAGUGAAGUCCUAUUGUACACAGACCAUGUCUACAAGUGAACCUGUGGUUUCUGUUGAAUGGCUUCAUGCUAACCUUAGGCAACCAGAUAUAAAGGUGGUGGAUGCAUCUUGGUACAUGCCUGAUGAGCAAAGGAACCCAAUUCAGGAGUACCAGGUUGCACAUAUUCCUGGCGCUCUUUUCUUUGAUGUGGAUGGUAUUGCAGAUCAAACUACAAAUCUACCACAUAUGUUACCUUCUGAAGAAGCUUUUGCUGCUGCUGUUUCAGCCCUUGGCAUAGAGAAUAAAGAUGGAGUCGUCGUCUAUGAUGGAAAGGGCAUAUUUAGUGCAGCUCGUGUUUGGUGGAUGUUUCGAGUAUUUGGACAUGAAAGAAUUUGGGUGUUGGAUGGAGGUCUACCUAGAUGGCGUGCAUUAGGGUAUGAUGUUGAAUCCAGUGCUUCUGGCGAUGCUAUUCUAAAAGCUAGCGCUGCCAGUGAGGCCAUUGAAAAAGCGUAUCAUGGACAACAGCUUGGGCCAAUCACGUUUCAGACCAAAUUUCAGCCUCAUCUUGCGUGGACGCUUGACCAGGUGAGAAAUAAUAUUGAGAAAAAGACGUAUCAGCUUAUCGAUGCCCGAUCAAAGGCGAGGUUUGACGGAAGUGCACCCGAGCCACGAAAGGGGAUAAGGAGUGGUCAUGUGCCAGGAAGCAAGUGUGUUCCUUUCCCCAAGAUGUUAGACUCAUCAGGAACUCUAUUAUCUGGAGAUCAGCUGAAGGAAAAUUUUGAACAGGAAGGAAUCUCCUUGGAUCAGCCAAUUGUGACUUCCUGUGGUACAGGCAUAACUGCUUGUGUUCUCGCAUUGGGUUUGCAUCGACUUGGGAAGGCUGAUGUUGCUGUUUAUGAUGGCUCAUGGACAGAAUGGGGAGGGAAAUCUGACACCCCCGUUGAGGCGUCGUGUUGAGUGUUUGGAUGAUUUUCAAAAGUUGUAACUAAAGACUUGCAUUGAUCAGUUGUCUAAUUGUUGAACUUAACAUCCUUUUCCUAUGGUUCAUGAUAUAGAGUUACUUUCUGUAACGGUAAAUUAACAAAAUGGAUGAGAUAAUAAUACAGAACAAAGCUCUCUCAUUUUGGGGCUAGGCGCAAGGAGAAGAACUUGUGAUGGUGAUUUUAGAA